AUUUCAUUGUUUUGUUUAUUUACUCUUUUCAAAGUGACAUUUCUAUAAGAAAUUAACUUUAAAUAUAGUCAAACACAUAAGUUGGAGUUAGAGACAUGGAGAAUCUUAGAAUUUCGGAUACAGCAGCAGCCGGAGAUGCUGUACAGCUGAAUGGCCACGGACACAACCAGGAGGCCGGUAGAUUCACCUCACACAUGACCAUUUUGGACAAUGGUCCGGCACAGUUUAUAGUGCGUGUCCUCAAGAUGAAUGGCAGCACAAUGCUGAUAAUAAAUUCGAAGGAAAGUGAGGUUUUCGAUGAGCUGGCGGUUGGCAUGCCCCCACGCGACUCCACCAAAAGCGAUGCACUCUCAUCGACCAUUAUGGGUGGUUACGGCCAAACCGAAUCAUCUGUUCUGGCCGCCAAGCUGAGCAAGCGAUAUCGUCGGCAGUUCUUCGUGAGCUUAAACAUUGGAGGAGAUCGUCUGGUGACUCCGUUGUUCGAAAAAUCGCUUGUCACCUAUAUGCAGAGCCAUCUGGAUCACUUCGUAUAGCCAGGCCCUUCGCAAGGCAUAGCCAGCAAUUGUUGACACUGCGCCGUGUGGGGGUCACAGGCAUUGGGUGCGUUUAUUUUGGUGAUUGCUGGUUGCUGGCGACCCCACGGACGCCACUCUCUCGCCGCACAGAACUCCAUUCUCCGCUCAGACGACGGCAACAACACAACACAACACAGCCAGCGUCAUGCGUCGGACGAGUGAGCGCGAACUUUAAAAGUACAACAACGGAAUUGUUUUAGUCUAAUAAAUUUACUACCCCCCCAAAAAAGUAA